CGUAAACCUUGCAAACAUGGCGACGCUCCGAAGACAGUACGGAGAUUGGAAAUACGACCGAUUUUAACCAAGAAAAUCACCUCCUCUUCGCAUGUUACAAUGUGGUGGGGUUAGCCAGAGCCGCCGCAACUUACAGCCUUUUAGACGAUGUUUGCAGAGGCCAGUCUGUCCAUCUGGGGAUGGGGGGGUCUUGGAGUUGUGCUGUUCCUUGUCACUUUUGGACCCUUUGCCAUAUUCUACCUGGCCUUUUAUAUCUUCUGCUUCAUUGGAGGGGGCUUUGCGGUCACUUUGCUUUAUGGAAAGAUUAACUCGGAGAAACACCUGGAAAAGUGCGAGCACUCGUACUUACCACCCACACAAAUUGGUAUACUGAAGACGUUGGAUGAGAUGAAGCUGGAGAUGAAGCCUAUAAAAAUUGACAGAAGACUCACAGGCUCGAGUUUCAUAGAUGAACCACUACAGCAGGUGAUCCAGUUUGCACUGAGAGACUACAUCCAAUACUGGUACUACACCCUGAGUGAAGAUGAGUCCUUCUUACUAGAGAUCAGACAGACGCUGCAAAAUGCCCUUGUCCAGUUCUCCACACGGUCCAAAGAGGUGGACUGGCAGCCUUACUUCACCACUCGCCUGGUGGACGACUUUGCCACACAUUUACGUGUUUUCAGAAAAGCCCAGGAUCGCCUCGGUGACAGAGAAGACAAACUAAGGGACAUAACAGAUGAUCUGAUGGAGUCUUUCUUUGAGGCUGAGGUGGAGAUGGAAAGGAAGAUUUGUCGAGAUGUUGUGUGCACCUCACACAAAGAUGAAGAAGGGUUUCUUCGGGACUUGUGUGAAUUGCUUCUGUACCUGUUACUACCUCCUGGAGACUUCCACAAUAAGAAUAUGAGAUACUUCCUAAGGGAGGUGCUAGCGCGUGGUGUGCUGCUUCCUUUGAUCAACCAGCUGAGUGACCCAGACUACAUCAACCAGUUUGUCAUAUGGAUGAUCCGGGAUAACAGCUGUAACUAUGAAGCCUUCAUGAACAUCCUGAAGUUAACAGAUAAGCCUGCUGAGCUGGAGGCCGUUAGAGACAAGGUGCUGGAGGAGCUGCAGUUUCUCCGCUCCCUGGACACUGCUGGAGACGACAUUAAUGUGAUCAAGAACCAGAUCAACAGUCUUCUGUUUGUGAAGAAGGUGUGUGAGACCAGGAUCCAGAGACUGCAGUCUGGCAAGGAGGUUGAUGCCUUUAAGCUGGCAGCCAACUUUGGAAAGCUGUGUGUCAUCCCGCUGGAUCACAUCCUCGUCCACAACAUAGCCCUGCAGUUCUUCAUGGACUUCAUGCAGGCAGCGGGGGCCCAGGCCGAGCUGUUCUUCUGGCUCACAGUGGAGGGAUACAGGGUGACGGCGCAGCAGCAGCUGGAGGCCAUGCAGAGCUGGCAGAAGGACGGCAAGAAGCAGCCUAGUGACACUAAAGGGCUGCUGAAGGCAGCUGCACUGGGUGUCUAUGAACAAUACCUCUCUGACAAGGCGUCCCCCAGGGUGCAGGUGGACGAGGCAUCACUAACAAGGCUUGGGGAGAAGCUACGGAAAGACGACCCCACGCCAGAGAUAUUUGAUGAAAUCCAGAGAAAGGUGUAUGACAUGAUGCUACGCGAUGAGCGGUAUUACCCGUCCUUCAAGCAGAGCCCUCUCUAUGUCCGCAUGCUUGCAGAGCUGGACAUGUUGAAAGAGCCAAGCUACCGAGGGUCUGACGAUGGUGAUGGAGAGUCCUUUAAUGGUUCUCCAACAGGAAGCAUAAACCUAUCUUUGGAUGACUUGCCCAAUUCCUGCCAUGAUGAAUCUAUGCACCUUCAUGCCUUCAUCUCUGACACAGCUGAUGCUUGUCUCCCCGGCUUCUGGGGUGCUGCAGGGGUGUGCAAUGACCACGGUAAGACCUACGCACUGUACACCAUCACUGUGGUUAGACGCAACCAAGAUGGCAGUGAGGAUGCCUGGAAGACCUACCGCCGCUACUCAGACUUCCAUGACUUCCAUAUGAGAAUCACUGAACAGUUUGAGAACCUGGCAUCAAUCCUCAAGCUGCCAGGAAAGAAGACCUUCAAUAACAUGGACAGAGACUUCUUGGAGAAGAGAAAAAAAGACCUCAAUGCUUACCUACAGUUGCUGCUGAACCCAGAGAUGGUGAAGGCCUGCCCAACUCUGAUCCCUUACGUGUAUGACUUCCUAGAGAACAAGGCCUAUAGCAAGGGCAAAGGAGAGUUUGCACGGAAGAUAGACACAUUUGUGAACCCUCUGCGGAGCUCCAUGAGAAACGUGUCCAAUGCAGUAAAAGCCUUCCCAGACAGUUUAGCAGAGGGAGUGACCAAAGUCUCCGAUAACAUGGGCCGCAUGUCAGAAAAACUGGGUCAGGAUAUCAAACAAUCCAUACUGAAGGUGCCUCCAAUCCUCCCCAAGUCUGAAAUCGACCCUGAGCACUGUCGAGUCUCUGCUCAGCUCGAUGACAAUGUGGAUGAUAAUAUCCCACUCCGGGUAAUGCUGCUGCUGAUGGACGAGGUGUUUGAUCUCAAAGAGAAGAACCAGUGGCUGCGCAGGAAUAUUAAGAACCUUCUGCAGCAACUCAUCAGGGCCACAUAUGGGGACACAAUCAACAGGAAAAUCGUAGAUCAUGUGGACUACCUGACGUCACCAGAGCAGGUGGCAGAUUACGUCAAGAGGUUCAGGGAUUCCUACUGGCCCAAUGGUAUUCUAGCUGAGACCCCGCCCCGCCGGGACAAGAACAUCCGCAUGAGGACACGAGUAGCUGCCAAAACCAGCCUUCUGGGAAUCAUGCCAGAUGAGCUGAAGCACAUCAUCGGAGCCGAUACCACGAGGAAGGGCAUCCUCCGCGUCUUUGACAUGUUUCAGUACCAACCCAUGAACCGUCGCCUAGUCUACGUUUUCCUGGAGGGCUUCCUGGAGACCAUGUUCCCUCAGUACAAAUUCCCCGAGCUCUUUGUCAAGCUGCACUCCCGUUCGCCACGCAUCCAUAGAUACAACCAGAAACUGAAAUCCACCUCCCUCAAGAGGUGACAGGAGAGGACAGAGGCAGCAGGACAAGGGCCGAUAAGAUACACAGACUUGAGAGCUGAGGAUGUGAGUGGCAGUGGUGGGGAUUGAUAUGACUGUUGUUGAGGGGGGUGUGUGUGUGUGAGAGAGAGAGAGA